UAGUGCGUAAGGUAGCCGAAAUGAUACGAGAAUUUAAAAUUAUAUAUAAAGGCUGGUGCCUGAAACAUCGGAUCAAGCUUAUUAACCAACAACAACUGCAACAAAGCUCUUAUCUUCUCCUUACUUCUACACCAUGAUUGCUGCUCGUACUGCUUCCAUUGUCCUUGUUCCCGUUACUACUGCUGCUGGCUACGCAACUUAUGUUCGCUCUACAACUCAACCCACCCAAGCCCAUUCGCAAAUCAUGACUCUUAAUGGCUCCGACUCUCAAGGACACAAGCAAUGGCGCAAGUUGAACAACGGCAUUGGCCUCGUCGAUGUUGGCCGCAGCGGUGGUGGUCUCUAAGCGCAUGCGCAUCACAACAGCCACAAACCUACUACAAGAAACGAAACAUACCAAUUUUACAUCCGUCCGACCAAUGAACACCAUAUCCACUCGAAUUCGCCGUCUCUUAUCCUUCUCUUCCUGAUUUCUUUGUUCUUUAAAAAUACCCCACACACGCUUUUUUUUUGCUUUACUUUGCUUUCUGUACCGACAGUCGCUGGUUGACUUGUCUCCUUUGUAUCUAUAGCUAUCCCAAAAUAAAUGUCUUGAUGACUUAAAGCUCUUUUUUUGUUAUGCAACAGAUGAUACCUUGA